AUGGAGACAAAAGACUUUGAAUUGAAGAUUGAGGAUAUUUUUGAGGCUGUCGCGAGCAUCCCAUUCAAGAACAAGAAGUAUGAAAUUGAAAAAUUUGUGAGCACCAUGUUAAAUGGAGAAUUAAGGGAUGAUAAUAAGAAGCUAGUGGGACGUUUGUGGAAGCAAUUUGAGAGGAGGUGGGCUGCCGCUCACAGGCACCCGGAAAUUUUUAAGAGGGACAACGCCGUUUGGUUGCAAUCAACUAUAAAGUUCUGUUCUUCAGAGGAGAUUGACAGUAAUGUCGUUGACAAAGGAGGCCGGCCAUCAGUGCCAUUUGAAGACUCCUCCCUCCGAAGCAAAAGGAGGAAAACACAAGAGUUGAGAAUAAACUACAGUUCAGAAGAAUUGCAGUUCUCAGCAAAUAUGCGUGCACGAGUAGAGGGGAAAUUGACAAAACAGUCGGGGUUUGAGGCCAGGCCACUCUCUAAAAGUGAGGCCUUGGCCAGAUAUGUAGAAGCGAAGAUGACGAGGCACUCUUACAACAUCUUUUACGAACCUGCCAAGUCGAUCUAUCCACCAUACAAAAAAAUUCAAGAAGCUAAAAAGCUGUGCUAUCUUCCACAAAGCAGCAGUAGUGUUUCGGAGACCGAGUGUCUCUUGGACUUACAAAUGCUAUUGGAUCACACUGCCAGAAGAAUUGUGGAAGUUAGUGAUAUAAGUGGACUAGGCCAACACGACCUCCAAUUAUUUUGGAAGUGGGGAUGCGAUGGAGCAACAGGAAUGAGUGAAUACAAGCAGAAGUUUUUAGAUCCAACUUCAAGCGACUCCGCAAUAUUCAUGACCUCUGCUGUACCGUUAAAGAUGUCAGCGUGCAGUGAUGGCCCAGAGAUCUGGCAGAACCCCCUGCCUGCGUCCCCAAAGUGGUGUCGACCUAUACGCAUCCAGUAUGUCAAAGAAAAUUCAACGGUGGUCCAACAAGAGUAUGAGCGAAUGAUGGUGGCAAUAGAAAACUUACAGCCAACUUCACUUGAUGCUCAAAAUUUUCACAUCACUAUUAAGCAUCGGAUGAUGUUUACAAUGGCUGAUGUGAAAGUUUUGAACAUAAUAACAUCUACUCCGUCCAAUAAACACUGCUAUGUGUGUGGGGCCAGUACGGCUCAAUUCCACAAGUUCAGGGACAUCCAAAACCUCACCCCGAUUGAUUCACAUUUGAACUUUGGCCUUAGUCCACUUCACUGCUGGAUACGAACAUUCGAAGCCAUUUUACAUGUCGCCUACAGGCUCUCCUUUAAAAAAUACUUCAAAAGACAUCAUGAGGAUGAGUUUAAAGCAACAAAACUUCGCAUCCAGCAGGAAUUUUUUGAACAGUUGGGGCUGCAUGUGGAUAAGCCAAGACCAGGAUCGGCCAAUUCUAAUAAUGGAAAUACCGCUAGGCGGUUCUUUGCUAAUCCACAGCAUCACCUUUAUGCUGAUGAUCUUCAGAUUUAUUAUUCUGGUGAUCCUCAAGCUCCUGCUUCAGCUUUUGCUGCUAUUAAUAACAGUUUGUCCUUG